ACGAGUACUAAGGGCCGGUUCAUCGCAAGAAUAAACAUGUUUAUGAUCUUUAAUUGCAGGGUGGCAGACUAAGACUCGUGCCGAGGAUCCGAAUCACCAAGGCAGCGAGAAGAGUGUCGCCAGUUGCACCAAGUUACUCCAAGACCACAAUCACAUGCUGUGGUGUAAGAUUUUCCCUCCCCUCUACAUUCUAGUCCUGAAAACAAAACCAGAAUCUGGACUUCAUCCGGAAUACGAGUUGCGGUAGCCGAUGGUCUGAUGAUCCAAUGCUAUGUGCAGGCCCAGCCGGAGACUCUGAAAACCGUCCAGAGCAUCAUCGCAAAGCAGCUCUCGAUCGACGAAAGCACCGUAGCCCCUGAGACCAAGUUUAUAGACUUGGGAGCUGAUUCUCUUGACACUGUUGAAAUCAUGAUGGCAUUGGAAGAGAAGUUUGGAGUGUCAAUCGGCGAAGGAGGAGCCGAGAAUAUUGCAACCGUUCAGGAUGCUGCCGAUCUGAUCGAGAAGGUGAAGACAGCCUCAGCAUAAGCCGAAGUUGGCUACGCCAGUACCCCCGACAUUAGCUAGCCAGCCAUGAAGAGUCUGCUGAAGAUCAAGAGGAAAAAAAAUUUCGCCGCAUUUUCAGAAGUUCCCGAUUUCAAUGUCCUUACAAUAAUCUGAAUUCUGCCUUAGUUUUGUGUUAUUGCUAGACCACUUUGAAGACACGAUCAUUGUAUUCAUCCUUUUUCAU